AGUCUGUGUUUUGAAUUAAGAGUCGUUGACAUUUCUUGCCCUAAGUUUAUCGUUCAACACGAUGGGUUUCAUUUUGGAGAUUUCACACCGAAGCGCUCUCGAAGGGGAAUGUAUUUAAUGGAAAUGAAUAACUUAUUUUGAGAAAACCAUGUCAAAAUCAAGCACAAAACACAGAGUAUGUUCUCGGGAAUCUUCAGUGUCUUCUCUCCUGGCAAGCUGCAGCCUGAGUGCGAGUGGUUCCUCCAACGCGGAUGGCUCUUUUCAGUAUAAGGACAAACUGUACAGUUCUGCGUCUGAGGCCCUGCAGGCUUAUAUUGAUGAUUUCGAUCGAAGCAGAGACUAUCCUGGAGCAAACCCGGGCAGAGGGAAUGUUGAUGAGGAGUCCGAUACUGGGCUGCCAUUUUCCAGCUGUGUGCACAAACCUAACAAUGCUUUUGAAAAUCUUGAUCACAAACAGCACUUAAACUCUGUACACUAUAGAAGAGAGACUGUUAAUGACAUGGACUCCAUUAGUCUAACAACUGACGAUUUGUUAAGACUUCCAGCAGAUGGAUCUUUUUCCUUCACUUACGUGAAACCUGGUUACCGACCGAGCAAGAAAAACAAAAACAUUGGAAGACGGGCUUCGUCAGACAUUAAGAAGAAUCCAAAUUUUCAUGUAGACUCUACUCCCAAGAGCAAGGAUAAUGUAGUUACUCCUGAUGUAUAUACCAAUGUAAAUGGAAAGAAAUAUAGUAGCUCCAGAGCCCCAAAACCUAUGACUAGAAAUAAUAAAUAUGUUUUGGAGUCAUCUUUAUUUUUUCCUAAAGAAUCGUCUUUCAAGGACAGUUCGAAGUCUGGUCCUGAAAAGAAUUAUCCAAGAUGGCUCACUAGCCAGAAAUCUGAUCUUAAUGUCUCAGGGGUAACUAGUAUACCUGAUUUUAAGUAUCCAAUUUGGCUCCACAAUCAAGACUUGCUACCUCAUGCAAAUAGUCAAAGGGUUUCUGAAUUUCUUAAUGAAGAUGAAUACUCCCUUAUGCAUAGUUACCAAACACAAAGGACUACUCAGCUUACAAAUAAAGUAGAUUGUUUUGAAUAUUCUUUUCAACCUUCAAACUUUACAAAUUCCUUCAGUGAGAAUAAAGGAUUAGUUAAUGACUAUAAAUGUGAUUUUGAAAAUAGCCAAUGUCAGUGUGAGAAUCCACUUCUCCCAGGACAAUUCCAAAAGCCAUUCUGUGGUGACAAACUCGAAUUGCUUAUCCUGAAGGCUAAGAAGAAUCUCAAGCAGUCUACUGAAAACUUAGCAAAGCCUGUGGAGAAGGAUGACAGCCCUUGCUCCUUAGAUAAGCUUGAAGCAGAGCGAUCAUGGGAAAAUGUCCCUGUUACUUUCAAAUCUCCUGUCCCUGUUAAAGCCGAUGACCGUUUUCAACAAAGUUCUGGGACACAGUGUAUUAAUGAGAUUCUUGAAGACUUUUUAAGUGAUGAGAAUCAGAGCUCUACCCUAUCUGGAGGCAAACAUCAUGGUCCUGUUGAAGCCUUGAAACAAAUGUUAUUUAAUCUUCAAGCAGUACAAGAAAGUUUUAAUCAGAAUAAAAAUCGAGAGCCAAAAGAAGAGAUUAAACAAGUGUCAGAGGAUGAUUUCUCUAAAUUACAGCUGAAGGAAAAUAUGAUUCCUAUUACUAUGUCUCUUCAAAAGGCCUUACAACAUUUAUCACGCCUGAGAGACCUAGUGGAUGAUACCAGUGGGAAACAGUCAUCAAAAAUGUGAAGAGGAAAAUAAAACUUUAACCACAAUAAACAGUCACCAUACAACUCAUUA